AUGGCAAAACUGGUCACCCAAAUGGACCUUCUGACAAAACAUGUCAUGGGUGGUGGAAGCAAAAAGGUGAACGCUGUAGAAACCUGUGAAGGGGUUCCUCCGGAUGAGCAAUGCUUCCAAAUGUAUGAUGAGGAGAAAGGCUCACUCCCUAGUGACACAGUUGCAAACCCAAGGAACGAUGAUGACCAUAAAUGCAACGCAAUUACUACCAGGAGUGGCAGAACAGUCGGGGAAAGUGUGUCGGUGAAAGAGAAUGUGCUGGGUGAUGAAGAUAAAAUGGUUGAAGAACCCAUCACUGACAAGGACCUCCCGGAAAUUAAUGAUGCCUCGGAAAGCAAGAAAGCGGUGGAUGAGGUACCAAGGGCUUCACCGCCCGUUAUGAGGCCUCCCCCUCCUUUUCCCCAACGAUUGGCAAAGAAAGCGGAAGAUGGAAAGUUCCUCAAGUUCAUAGAUCGAUUAAAGGAGCUCUCAAUAAAUAUUCCAUUGGUUGAGGGGCGUGCCCUCGUGGAUGUGGAAAGAGGUGAUCUGAAAUUUAGAAUGAAUGAUGAAGAGAUCACUUUCCAUAUUUGCAAGUCAAUGAAACAACCGACGGAUAUGAGUGUUGUGUCGGUUAUUGACACAAUUGAUGAAGCAAUGGAGACAACCAUAGAACAAGAGCAUAUAGGUGAUAUGUUGGAGGCGGUGAUAAUGAAUUAUGAAUGGGAUGACGAAAAAGAAUUUGAGGAGAUGGUCAAUGCACUGAUUGGAAUGGGGUCUUAUCACCUCAAUCCAAAGAAACUCGAUCUUGACUUGGAAAACCGAGCAGCUCCUCCUGCAAAACCUUCAAUUAUUGAGCCUCCUACUUUGGAACUCAAACCUCUUCCUUCACAUUUGAGGUAUGAGUUUCUUGGACUCAACAACACAUUGCCUGUGAUUAUUUCUGCCCGGUUGACUGAUGAGCAAAGAGAGAGGUUGAUGGUGAUCUUGAGAAGAUACAAAAAAGCUUUCAAGAGAAUGCCUUUUGGGUUAUGUAAUGCACCCGCAACAUUUCAACGUUGCAUGAUGUCUAUUUUCUCCGAUAUGGUUGAGGAAUCCAUUGAAAUCUUCAUGGAUGACUUUUCCGUAGUUGGGGAUUCAUUUGAUGAAUGCUUGCAGAAUCUUGCCCAAGUAUUGAAACGAUGUGAAGAGACAAAUUUGGUUCUAAAUUGGGAGAAGUGCCUCUUCAUGGUUAGAGAAGGCAUCGUCUUGGGGUUUUAUAUAAGAUUUGUCAAGGAUUUCUCAAAAAUAGCCAACCCUCUAUGCAAGUUGUUGGAGAAGGAGUCGAAGUUCGUAUUUGAUGAUUCUUGUUUGAAGGCAUUUAAGGUUUUGAAAGAGAGACUCACAUCGGCUCCUAUCAUCAUUGCCCCGGACUGGUCUCAACCCUUUGAGCUGAUGUGUGAUGCAAGUGGUUUUGCUAUGGGGGCUGUUCUUGGCCAGAAGCGAGAUAAGAUUUUUCACCCAAUUUACUACGCAAGCAAGACUCUGAACAGUGCCCAAAUGAAUUACACUGUCACAGAACAAGAGUUGCUAGCUAUUGUGUUUGCCUUCGAGAAGUUCCGGGCUUACUUGUUGGGCACCCAUGUGAUUGUUCACACCGAUCACGCAGCCUUACGUUACCUCAUGACAAAGAAAGAUGCAAAACCGAGGUUGAUACGUUGGGUCCUUCUCUUGCAAGAGUUUGACUUUGAAGUCAAAGAUAGAAAAGGGUGUGAGAAUCAAGUGGCGGACCACUUGUCUCGUCUUGAAGAAGGUGGGCGUCCAUUGGACGGCCUAGAAAUCAAUGAGUCAUUUCCGGAUGAGCAAGUAAUGGCGGGGUCGCAUGACAUGAUCCCUUGGUAUGCCGAUUUUGCUAACUUCCAUGCAAGCGACAUUAUGCCAGUGGAUUUGAGCUUCCACCAAAAGAAGAAGUUUUUGAUUGAAUUGUUCGAUGUAUGGGGCAUUGAUUUUAUGGGUCCAUUUGUAAGCUCCUACAGUAACAGGUACAUUCUUGUGGCAGUAGACUAUGUAUCCAAAUGGGUGGAAGCCGUCGCGCUCCCCAACAAUGAAGGAAGAAGUGUCACUGUAUUUUUGAAAAGGGUUAUCUUGUCAAGGUUCGGAACUCCAAGGGUAAUCAUUAGUGACGGGGGCUCUCAUUUCUGCAAUCGAUUAUUCAAGACUCUUCUUGAGAAGUAUGGGGUCAAGCAUAAAGUGUCCACCCCGUAUCAUCCCCAAACAAGUGGCCAAGUUGAGGUCUCAAAUAGAGAAAUUAAGAGCAUCCUUUCCAAAACAGUGAAUGCUAACCGGACUGAUUGGUCAAGGAAAUUGGAUGAUGCCCUAUGGGCAUACCGAACAGCCUACAAGACACCAAUUGGCAUGUCCCCAUAUCAACUGGUAUUUGGAAAAGCCUGUCAUCUUCCGGUGGAACUCAAACAUAAGGCAUUGUGGGCCUUGAAAAAGUUGAAUCUAGAAUGGGGUGAUGCCUCAAACUUGAGGUUGGAGCAGAUGAACGAACUCGAUGAAUUUCGACUAAAGGCAUAUGCGAGUUCUUCACUCUACAAAGCCCGCAUGAAACACUUCCAUGACAAGGAGAUCUUGCAAAGAGAGUUCAGCAUCGGAGAUCGGGUAUUGUUGUUUAACUACAGGCUCUGGUUGUUUCCCGGGAAGUUGAAAUCCAAAUGGUCUGGCCCGUUUGAAAUCACGCAAGUGUUCCCAUCUGGAGCCAUUGAACUUGUUUGCCCAAGUGGUAAUAAAAUCAAAGUGAAUGGGCAAAGGGUGAAACAUUACUGGGGAUCUCAGAAUGAAGCAAAGAUUAUCGAGGUCUUCAUCCUCAACGAGCCAUAA